AUGUCGAGAGUACAGCUAAACGACGGCACCUAUAUGCCCAGCACAGGCAUCAACACCGGCAACGGUCUUGUCGGACUCGAGUGCACUAAUCUUAUCCUAUCGGCUUUGAACGCGGGAUAUCGACUGAUCGACACCGCUCCGGACCAUCAGAAUGCCGAGUCUGUCGGGGCGGCUCUCCAGCGAUGGAGCGGCGACAGAGCGGAUGUGUACAUCGUCAGCCAGUUUGGCUUCAGGGGCGGUAAUGGCGCAGAACAGGAUCCCAGGACAGUCCUCCUUGAGGAAAUGAAACUGAUGCAAGUGUCAUAUUUGGAUAUGUAUCUCCUUCCUGGACUGUACGCCACGAGCCCGCACCUCGCAGACUAUUGGAAGACUAUGGAGCAACUGCAAGCCGAAGGUCUGACCAGAUCUAUCGGCGUCAGCGACUUUCGAGCGGAAGACAUUCUUGAGCUCAAGAAAAGCUGGAUCACCCCGCCCGCGGUCAACCAGAUGGAAUACCACCCUUACGUCUACCACGCGCCCAACAUGCUACGCCUCCGCAGUAUCAUGGAUACCGAGCACAUCAAGGUGAUAGCAUACGGUCCCCUCUGCCCGAUGUUCCGAUCGAAAGACGGUCCAGUCGAUCCGGUCGUGGCCCGUAUUGCAGACAGACAUGGCGUGGGCCAGGACGAGGUGCUUUUGGCUUGGGCUACGCAGUAUGGAGGGGGAGCUGCUGUGACGUUGGUCAAUGUUCUCAUGGAGAUACAUCGAGACACACCAAGGAAGACUGAAGUACCCUCUAAUGAGGCUGUGGACGGGAUGAUGCUUACGCAGGAAGAUUUAGAUCAGAUCGCUGAAGCGGGCAAGGGGAGAUUCUUCCGAUUUGCGGAGGCGGAGGUAUGGAGGGAUGCCCUACCGUGA